AUGGAUGUUUUUGAGCAAAUCGACGACGCAGCGAUUGAAGAGGACUGGCAGGCACUGAACUAUAUUAAACCUGAUCAGAGAAAGGACAGAGUUGUAAAAGAGAGACCUGACAAUUUUAAUACAUGGGAUGAUAGGGAGUUUUGGAAAAGAUUUCGCCUGACAAAACACACUGUAGAGCUAUUGCUUUCAUCAAUUCAGGACAAAAUUGAACACAGUACAGAAAGGUAA